AUGGUGAUUAUUAACAAUAUGGUUGCUAAUACAGAUACGACAUUUGCUAAUAUACCAUUUCCGACGAAUAAUCAUCUGAUAUCAUCGACGAAAAUGAAUUUACCAGGAAACUUACUUCGAUCGAUCGAGUUCUGGACGAAAGAAGAUGUGCAAAAAUGGAUUGAAUAUUGUAUUGAAGAAUAUUCACUGGGUGAUAUUAACUUGAAUGAUUUCGAAAUGAAUGGUAAAGCAUUAUCUCUGUUGAGUGAAGAUGGCUUCAAACAACGUUCAGCACGUUCUGGAGAUAUUCUCUAUAAAGCGCUUCAACAACACUAUGCAUUAAUCAAAUCAUUCCAUUAUCAAACACUUUCCCAUCAACUAUGGAACAGUUUUGGUUUUCUACCACCUUCAUCAGUGCGUCAUUUUAAUCUUCCAUUUCCACCAGUUCCACCGCCGAACAUGCCAUAUCUACAUUCAGCAAUGAAUUAUCUAUACAAUCAAUGUGAAACGAAAUACACAACAGCUUUGACUGAGUCGCAACAAUUGACCCGAACUCGGCAGACAUCAGAUUGUUCGUCUUCGUCAUCAUCAGUGACCAAACCUUUGGACAAACAUGACACGAGUCUCCCGAUCUCAUCUAUCAAAGAGGAAUAUAUGGACGAUGAAGAUAUCGAUAUCGAACAGCAUGAAUCCGUUUCUAAACCACCGCUACUACCACCACCAUUAUUAGUAAAAUCUCAAGCAAACGAAAGAAAAAUUCUCGCUGGAAAUGAUAGUGCUAGACAGAUACGUUAUUAUCAAGAUCGCAUUGAUUUUCAUGGUGAUAUUCUAAUGAAACCAAAAGCAGCGAAAAAUUGUCGAAUUCUCUGGGAAUUUCUCUACAUUCUACUCGAAGAUCCACUCUAUGAAUCAAUAAUUCACUGGGAAAAUCGUGAGAAAAUGGUCUUUCGAAUCAAUCAAGCUGAUAAACUGGCCGCACUCUGGGGAUUACAAAAGAAUCGUUUAUCAAUGACCUAUGAAAAGCUAUCACGCGGGAUGCGUUACUACUAUUCGAAUAAUAUUAUUUCCAAAGAGCAAUCCAAACGUUUACUCUAUCGUUUUAUGCGUUCACCCGAUGAAAUUCGCAAGAAUAUGAAACGUCAAAAUCCAUCCGUCAACACGUUUUAUCCAUCAACCAGCAAGCCAUCACUCCUAUCCGAAAAAAAUCUUCAACAUUCAGAACCGUCCGUUCCGUCACAGAUAUCUAAUCAAUUCCUACAUUUUUUACCAAAUUACUCAUCAAUGCUAUCGAGUAACUAUUUAUUUCCAGCACGUGAUAAACCGAUAUCGAAAAGUGAUCGAGCAAGUUCAUCAUCGCCCGAAUCAUUAGAUAGUAGUCAUCAUGAGAGUGAAAAACAAUAUUCUUGUUCGUCAACAGCGAAACGAAAACAGACCAUUCCUAUCUCGCUGACCUCCCGUCUGCUACAUAGCUAUCCGUUUGAUCAACCACUAAAUUUAGCUGUCAGUUGUAAACAAGAAGAACAUAUGAUGGACUCAAAGAACAUAUAA